CUCCCACCUCCGGGCCGAGCCGCCCCGCCGUAGCUCCCGGCUGACCGGCCAUGGACGCGUAGCGACGGGAGGAGAAGAGCGUUCCUCAGGAGCCCCCGCGUCGCGAUGGCGGACAGCGCCGCGGCCACCGCCGCCCCCCCCGCCGCCGUGAAGGGCAGCAGCUCUGCGGGGCACUGGUGGAAGUCGCUCACCGGCAAGAAGAAGCACAAAGAAACCGCGGCCGCCCCGCCGCCUCCCGCCGAACCCCCCAGCCCCGGUUCACCGGAGGAGUCGCCCCCCGCGCUGGGCAGCGGGGAACCCCCGGGGGCGGGCGGUGGAGCCCGACGGAGCCUCCGCGUGUCGCACUCGGGCCGCUUCAAGGAGAGGCGGAAGGUGCGCGCCUCGCUGCUGGCCGACGGCCCCGAGGUCUUCGACGGAGCGGAGCCCGGGCGCGCCGCCCCCGAGGGCGAGUAGUUCCAAGGCGGGGAAAGCAGCCCCGAGAGCUGGGCUCUAUCCUCGCCCUUGCGCGGGGGGCACAGCCUCGGGGCAGCCUCGUACGCGGCGUGGAGCCAGCUUAUGGGACUGCGUGUGUGAUGAGGAGCGACGCUUCCAAUCGAGGGAUGACGUGAUUGCCUUAACGAUGAUACCAAUGGACACCCCCCUCCCCCGCCCUGAACUGCAGUGGACAGGCGCAAAGGUGCUACCCCGGGGUCUCUGUGCCUUCCCUGGGCCCGUCUGCCAGCCGGCUCUUCCUGCUUGGCCUGCAGCCCCCAGCCAAAGGUUCACCACUGCCUUUCAAAGGAAGAGGGAACGGCACGUUUGGAUCUGAUUUCAGGGCCAGGCAUCUUCCAGCAGUGCCUCCGAACUGCUCUUGGUGGUGGGUGCGCAGGGAAACAAGCCCUGCUUGUGUUUAGAUGCUGGGGGGUGCAGGUGCUCAGGUGCUCUCAGGCAUCGCAUUUAAAUAUGCAAAGGCAGGAGUGCAUUGUUUCCUGCUCUUAGUGCUAAGCGGAUGAUUCAAGAGGUUAGUCGCCCAUAGCUCUGUUACAGAGAGAGGCCAGUUAUUGUCUAUCAGCUCUCAUGAACUACCCAGAGAAUGCGCCGUUUUCUUAUAACUGAUGAUAACUGCCAUAACAAAGCUGUGGUAAAGAAAUGCGGAAGACAAGACCAGCCCCUGAGAGCGUGGGUCGUGUGGUACUUUAAGCACGGUGAUUGGCUUUGGAACCACUGGAAGUAUUCUUUAACAUUUACUGUGUACCAGGCUCCUGGGGCGAGGUGCAGAGCUCCCGAGACCUCUCACUGGCACGCUUUGCCUUGGGCAGCCCCAUCCCAGCAGCUCCAGGAGCUUCGGACAGAGUAAACUGUCCACCAGACUUGCACUGGUGUUGUGCCUUACAGAGCAAACUCAGCUAAAAAUACUUUGCAAUUACACAUUUCUUGAUAGUAGAUGAUGUAGCUGCAACUGCCUUAUUUAUUUUUAAACGAAUUUGCAAUAUACUUGAUAUCAUUGAAACAGUUUUAGCCUUUAUUUUUUGUAAUGUGAUACAAGAUAUUAUAUCCUGCAGGGACCAAAAAUAAUCUCCUAACAGUCAAGUAUGAUGCAGUUAUGAUUUUGUUUGGUUGUUGUAAUAAAUUAUUUAAGGUGAUGUCAACACAAAAAGUGACCUGCGAGGAAAAAGAGAGGUGAAUUCUGUGUGAAAAUAUGGAUUGAACCUGUCACUGACAAUCAGCAAAAUGAUGUAGUAGAGGCAGGACUGGUGCCCUGUGGUUCACUGUGCAUAAUGGUCUAUAAUGAACUUUGAAAGCUCCUGUGCAAUAAACUAAGACAAUCUUGCUGCCUUAGUUAACAAUCCUUCGCUCAGCUCCUUCUUCAGCCUCCUAAAUCCAAGGAUAGUGGGACCAUAUCAUCAUAAACGUAUUUUCAUAAAGGUGAAGCUUCAAAGCACUGAUUGCUUUUGGACUGCCCUGUGUGUUCUUGCCUACACGCUGAUGUUGCAGAGCAAGUAUGGGGCAGCUCUUGGAAGCCACCACUGCUGCUCCUUGGAGAUGCUGCUCUGACAUAGACCUUGUUUGCUAAAGCCGUGAAUGAGAAGCGAAUGGAACAAACCCCAUCUUGUGUGGAGGGGUCUGAAAGAGAGUAGUUUAAAACUGGGAAUGGAGGCAGCAAUGACAAAAAUAACUUAAGCAACACUGUUGUGAAAAGAUAGUGUUUCCACUCCAAGCUACUUGUUUCUACAGUGAACCUCUGUUCUUUAGAAAUUGGUUUGUAGGUUCAUUGGCUGUAAGCCCUUACUUAGGCAAAGGGUAUCUACAAAUGAUGGUUUUAUCUGAGAAGAACUCUGGUAUGAUGUUCAGAUGGUUGCUGCUAAGAUUUGAUAUACAUACAGGUUAAUAUGUGACUACCUAUUAGUCAUUUCUGAAGUCCUGAUGACUGGUGCUUAUGGCCUGGAGAUUUGGUCAGAAUAUGAAGUCCACAAACACACAUAAAAUGACUUGAUAGCAACCAUCCUCCAUCUUAAUUGUGACCUUGAGCUGUGGGAAGGAGAAGUAACUCUAUCUUCCUCCUCAGUCAAAUCCUUGCUUCAAUGAAUUUGAUAGCAGCCACUGAAAAACUAGAUCCAUGAGAAAACUGGCUGCGUGCCGUGUCUCACUUUCCACACCCUCUGUGCAAUGGCCACUCAGCAAUGCCUUCAGGUUAGUGCUGACCUGGGUUGGCUCAACAUAAGGAGUUCCACUGGCCAUGGCCAACUUGUAUGACAGAAAUAAUCCUCUUCUUUCUCAGCCUGAGCAUCAGAUGAAGAUUUAAGCAAUGAACGUGUCUGUAAAUGAAUUAAGCUGAUACAGGAAAAACACUACAUCUUAUGGAGCAUCUGAAUUAUUUUUUUUAAUCCUUGAAGAAAGAUUGAACUUUCUUUUGUACUGGAAUACUUGCUCAGUUAUAACAAUAGUGUAAUUCUAUGCAGUGAAUUAUUAAAAGGCUGUUGGCAUUCUUCGUA